CGGCAGCGGCAGCAGCAGCAGCAGCAGCAUGCGCUGGGCGGCCCCGCGGCUCCCCAGCGGGCGAUGGAGCCGUGCCCCCGCCGCAGCUGCCCCAGGAGAUGGCGGCGGCUGUGGCGGCGGCGCUGGGCGCUGGCGGCCGGGCUGCUGAGCGCGGCGCUCGCUUUGUUCGCCUGCCUCCGGCAGCCGCAGCCCCGGGUCCCGACAACGGGCCGGGCGGGGGACGAGGUGACCGUGCUGCUGUGGUGGGAGCCCUUCGGCCGCCCCCGGCGCCCCGCAGACUGCCGGCGGCGCUACAACGUGACGGGCUGCCGCCUCAGCGCCGACCGCGGCCGGCUGGGCGAGGCGAGGGCCGUGCUCUUCCACCACCGCGACCUGGCCCUGCACGGAGCCCAGGGGCUGCCCCGAGGGCCCCCGCCUCGCCCCCCGCGCCAGCUCUGGGUGUGGAUGAACUUCGAGUCGCCCUCGCAUUCCCCCGGCUUGCGGGGUCUGGGCGGCGUCUUCAACUGGACCAUGUCCUACCGGAGGGAUUCGGACGUCUUCGUGCCCUACGGGUACCUCUACGCGCUGCCGGAGCCCCGGCCCUUCGUGCUGCCCCGCAAGACGAGGCUGGUGGCGUGGGUGAUCAGUAACUGGAACGAGGAGCACGCCCGGGUGCGCUACUACCGGCAGCUGAAGGAGCACCUGGCCAUCGACGUGUACGGGGCGCAGGGGCUGGCGCUGGUGGAGGGCAGCGUGGUGAAGACGGUGUCGGCCUACAAGUUCUACCUGGCCUUCGAGAACUCGCAGCACACCGACUACAUCACCGAGAAGCUCUGGAGGAACGCCUUCGCCGCCAGCGCCGUGCCCGUCGUCCUCGGUCCCCGCAGGGCCAACUACGAGCGCUUCAUCCCUGCCAACUCCUUCAUCCACGUCGAUGACUUCCCCAGUCCCAGGCUGCUGGCCACCUACCUGAAAUUCCUCGAUAAAAACAAGCCUAACUACAGGAGGUAUUUUGCCUGGCGGAAGAAGUACGAGGUCCACGUCACUUCUUUCUGGGACGAGCAUUACUGCAGGGUUUGCGAGGCUGUGAGGACAGCUGGGAAUCAAGUCAAGACGGUACGAAAUCUGGCCAGCUGGUUUGAAAGCUGAUGUUCCUGGUGGGUGAGGCUUGCUUGGUCAGCCUCUCUGAGCAGCAGCCUUCACUAAGGCAUGAGGAAGGCUGCAUCUCGCAGAGAUCACCACCUUAGCAAAGUUAGUUUGUCAUCUGUGAGAGAGACGUACGUAAAUAAGCUGGGGAAAAAAAAAUUAAAAAUGACAAAAUGAAGAUUUUUACUACAGGGCAAAAUCCUGAAAGUACAGAGAAACAUCAGGCAAGAGGAUUCUUCAAGAGGAAAGUUUAAUUAAAGUUCCAGAAGUCAUGCAGAUCUGAAACCUUCGCAGUUGUGCACAGCUAAAUGUAAAUAAAACAUGCCAAGUUCCUCGGCUGUACAGCUGAAACCAAUUUUGUCAGCUAUGACAGCUUCCUGGUCUGUGAAACUUUCUUCUGCUUAUAGGGGAUACGUGAUCAGUGCUGGCUUUCUGCAUUCCAAAGACAAAAGCAAAUACUUUUAACAGUGAUUAUUAAGAAAAUCAAAGUUAUUUGCCGACAAAUGCUGAGCCGCAAGUGUUGAACGUAAGAAUGUGAUGAUACGGUAGCACUUUUUAGCAGUGUUAAAUUGCAGCAGCCAAAUAAUAAUUCCUUGAGCCAAAUAAAAAUUCCGUUUAGGAAAAAGUGUAUGGAAGGGUCUGGGUGUGAGUGGAACCAACAGCUCAGAUGAUAUAAAGUAUUUCUUCCACUCCUUACCCAAACCAUGAGCACAUUUGUCCUGUAUGAAGGCAGAGAAGAGCCGCAAGUACAGGAAAAGACAGAACGUAGAAAUAAAGUUGGAAUGUUUCCGCCCUCCCUUUUUUCAGGAAUUUGAAAAUGUUUACAGGAGUCUGCAUGUUUUUCUCUGCAAAAUUACUGCCAUAUAGGAAAAAGCAGGGAAAGACUCAGAACCGCAGGGUUUUUUAUUACUGUAUUUAAUAUGUAUACAGAAAGGCUAACUUAUUUCUCUAGUAUCAUUCAAAUGUCUUAUUGUAUAGCAAAUGCGUUGGUAUAUGGCAUGCAUUUUUAAAAAUUCUGCCAGGUGACAGACUGCUCAGAAUGCUAGCUCUCUGUUUGUGAAACAAUAAUUACAACAAAAAUCCCAAAGUCCAAGUCUCAAAUCACUACCUUCCGGGAGGGAAAUUACUGUAGAGAAUACAAUCUAAACCGCUGUUAAAUACAGGUUGUAUGAGGGAAGUAUAUGAAAAGGGAGAGGAAGGAUUUCUUAUCUUUGGUUUUGAAGGUUUCUUCCGCCUUUUUUUUUUUUAAUGUAUAACUAGUUUUCUAGGCUAAAACUUCCUUGUGCACUGCCUACCCAGAACAUUUACAGGAGGCGUUCCCUUUUAGACUCUGCCAUCCUGCUGGACUAAGAUCUUUGGAGCAGUCAGUGUGUGGUUACUUUUUGGUUGUUUGUAAUCUUGCAUGCUGAAAUCCAGAGAGGGUCUUCAGUUGCAGUUACUGAUCCACAGGAACCUCAGCCCUUCCUGCCCUUUGCAGCUGUAAGAUUUGGUGGCAAAAAAAUGAUAACCUACAAGAGUGCUGUAAAAAUGAUUAAGGGUUUCAUCCUGCUCCCAUUUAAGGCCAUGAAAUUAUCCAGAGACUUCACUUGGAGUAAAAUCAUGGACACAGAACAGGUGGGGAAAGAUGAGUUAGUUGCAAAUAAGAGAGAGGUCAGUUUGUUGGUAUUUGCGAGUCUUAUUUAGGUUAGAAUAGGAUUACACUUGAUUUGAGCAAUAAGGGAUGUCAGGUUAGGUGCUUAGAGCCAUCAGCUGACAGCCUACUGUAAUUUAUUGUAAAUUACAUGUUUCCAUGAUUAGGUAAGCACGGAACUAAAGAUUGCUGAAAAAAAAAUCUGAAAUAAUGGUACAGUUUGUGAAUAAUUUGCAGAGAUUUACGCCUUCAGAUCUUGGUGGCUCCUGUUUUUAUUCUCUCCUGCUUUUGUGGAAGGGAAGAUGGGUAAAAGUACUUCAUGAAUGUGGCUGUUGGUCAUGCCAGAGUUGCUGCAGAGAUUUUAUCAGGAAAGCAGAGAAGACGAUCAGCUCAAUGCAGAGUGCAGUAGAGGUGCUCCCUACUUACUGCUGCGCUUUCAUUUAAACAGUUCCAAGGGAUUCUUUAAAGCAAAGGCAUGCUCUUCAUUGCACGGUCGUCUGUUUCUCUGCCAAUGGUUAAUGCUCCCAUAAAACUGAUUUUGAUAAUUUUUAAAGUAGAAAUCUAAGUAUAACAUUAACACUAACAGCCAAAUGUCAGGUUAAUAGAAUCUCUCUCUUUGAUUUAUCCAUUUUUUUCUUUUUACUGUUUAUCUCAGUUCAUGUAAGCAUAUACAAAAACCUGAUCUUAAAAGCAGUGAGCAGUCUCUGAAAACUAAUAAUUAAGAUUGCACUACUUUUUAUCAGCCUGCCAAAAAGGAUAUUAUUUUAUCAGUCCUUCCAAAUUUUUUAGCAUGUUCUGGAGGUUUUCAGACACACAAUUUUUCUGUGUUACCAUUAGUAAUGCCACAGGCAGGAGAUGAGGCUACAGGAGCAUAGGAAUUUCCAAAAAUUGCAACCGGGACUUUAUUCUCAGCUGCUCUUAUGGGAAUCUUGAUGGAAUUAGAGUUUUGUAAAAUUCAGAAAACAGCUAUGCAAUGAUCAAAGUGUUACUUUUGAAUAAGAUAUCACAGCUGUGCUCUGUUUGUAAGUUGUACAAUGAUUAUUUUAAAAAAAAUGUAUAAUGAAAACUGCAGUCUUGUAACAAUUAUUGCAGAGUACUUGUGGGAGAAGAGAAGCCUUUUCUAGUUUCAUAGUUCUUGCAUAAGCAUUACAUACUUUUCCCGUUAUCAAGAGGAAAUUCAGACCUGGUCUACAGCUGCUGCAGUCAACAAUACAGCAUCUCUACAAAUCCACUUUGAUUUUUAGUUCAGCCGCUCCAUGGUCUUAUAAGAAAUAAGCUAAUAAUCAGAGUACUGCUGUAAGCUGAGCACUGUCUUUUGUAAUUCCCAAGUGAACUGAGCCCGAGUUCAAUGGUAAAUAAGAAUUUUGUCUUAGCAAAUUGGGUUGUAGAUGAGGUACCAAACUCCACAAGACAUUGCAGGUGGUGUACGUAGUGGGUCUAUGAAAAUGAAGCAAAUUAUCUUCUAUUCUAAAUAGACAAAUCUUUUGUAACACAUUUUGAAAGAAACUGUUUUAUUCCGUAUAUUAAAAUGUUGGGGAGGAGGGAGAGAAAGGAAGAUGAUUAUGUUCUGUUUUUCAGAAGGAGAAGAAUUGAUAUCACCCUUUGAUUAUAAGUGGAAUAGAGAACUGUGAUGCUUUCAGUUACAUAACGUGUCUCAGGGAAUUUUAUACUGUAAAGUCUCUUCAUCUUCAUAGAGUGGAGUAACUUUGUAUUAAUCAUGUAGAUUAACACUCAAUAAAAUCACAGAAAGGAAGUA